GCGGGACAGUCCCUCCGGGUAAACCUGUUGGUGGUGAUCGUUACGGCCAGACCCAGAGCGGACUCCGUACCCCCACACAGCCUGUCUCUCUCUGUCUCAAUUCUUCCCGACACACCCUUGGAAUUCAUGUGUGAGCUAAAAUAAUUACCAAGGCUCUAGAGCCAAAACCUCCACCCAUCCCUCGCGCCGCGCUGCACACGGGACUUCACCGAACGACUUCAGUCAUUUUAGAUCAUAGCUCAGUCUGAGUGCUGUGUUCCUCAUUCCAUCCAAGCCCAGGUCCCAUUGGAGGUCAGGCCUGGCUAUGUCAUCUCUCAAGGAAAUCACGCACAGAACGAGCAGUAUAGCUGGUGACAUUGUCAUGCUGGAGGGUCAUGUCAGGAUGAGCCUGCAGGAAGGCUACCACAUGAGGGAGGAGGAUGUCUUCCCUGUAACGCACAGCGUUGAGAUUGCCUUCAAUGACAACAAGCUCAGUCCGAUGAUGCUGUGACACACCGCCCCAGACCAUGACAGACACUCCAUCUCCAUCACCCCUGUACCAGUGACAGGGUGUCACAUACAGGGACAGUGGCUGACCUCCAGUGACCCCCACUUCGCCAUGCGGAGCGACGGCACCAUUGUCACGGUGAACGUCACAACGGUUACAGCGGAGGGCAGGUCCUUCUGGGUGAGGGGGAGGGACGGGGGAGGACGGCGCUGGAGGAUGGAGGUCCAUCUGUCCCCAGAUCUUGAACAGGAGCAUAUUCAAGUACCCAUGAGGGUGCCCUUCAAUGUGCCUGCACAUAAAGGGGUUCAGAGGGGUCCGUCUGAGGUCCUGAGGCGCUCUAAAAGGAGAUGGAGUCCUCUCCCUUUCAGCAUCAUAGAGCAGGACAUCCCUCCUUUCCCCAAAGAUGUAGAACUGGUGGGGUCAGAUUCAUCAGUGAAUUUCACAGUGUACUAUAUAAUCAGUGGUUCAGGGGUGAACAUGCCCCCGGAGAAGCUUUUCUCUGUGGAUCGUGACACAGGCAUGGUGCGUGUGCACUACCCUGUUGACCGGGAACAGUACCCCAAGUUUGUGUUCACAGCCCAGGUGUUUGACAGGCGGUCGGGGAAGGAGACAGAUCGGCCUCUGGACAUUACUGUUCUGGUGGAAGAUAUCAAUGACAACGCACCGACCUUCUCUGGACCACUCACCUUCUCUGUGUUAGAGCAGUGCAAACCUGGUACUGAGGUAGGAGAAGUGAAAUCCACUGAUAAGGAUGAAGCAGACACCCCCCACACUAAGAUCAGAUACACCCUUCUGACUGGUGGUCAGUUCUUCACCAUCGGGUCUCACAGUGGGCUGAUCACAGCCAAGACCAGCACUCUUGACAGAGAGACGCAGGUUGUCAAUGCUGUUACCGUGGAGAUCCGGGACAUGGACGGAGCUAAGAACGGCCUGUUUAACACUGCUACGGCCACCAUUACGCUACUGGACAUCAACGACAACCCUCCCACCUUCAGGGAGACCACCUACAAGGCCACUGUGAAGGAGAACCAAGCAGACAUGCUGGUCCUGAGGAUUCCUGUGGAUGACAAGGAUGAGGAGAAGACUCCAAACUGGAACGCCAGGUUUGUCAUCACCCAGGGCAACGAGAAUGGGAAUUUCCGGAUCGACACGGACCCUGAAACCAACGAGGGCCUGCUCUAUGUCAUCAAGCCUCUUGAUUAUGAGAAAGGGAAGACAGUGAAGCUGAUGAUCUCUGCCCAGAAUGAGGCUCCCCUGGUGGGCAUGGCAGGGACCUGGCUGUCCAUCCCUGUGGAUGUCAGUGUGGGUGACGAGGACGAGGGACCAGAGUUUACCCCUCCUAACAUGGUGAUCAGGGUUAAAGAGAACACUCCCAACGGUACCCUCCUCUCCACCUACACCGCACUGGACCCAGAGACCAAGAGUAGCAAGGGGAUCAGGUACUACACCAAAUUUGACCCUGGCUCAUGGAUAGCUGUGGGAGAGACCACGGGAGAGCUGAGGGUAGCUAACACCAUCGACCUUGAGUCUCCUCUAGUUACCAACGGAGCCUACACGAUCUCUAUCAAAGCUGUGGACGAGAGUAAGAAAUCUGGCAAUGGCAAUAUAACGCUGCUGAUCGAGGACGUUAAUGACAACGUCCCGAUGAUCGUCUCGGGGACAUACCUGACGUUGUGUGAGGGGGAGGACGGGCAGAUGGGCUCUGUAACCAUAGAAGCAGAGGAUGCUGACCUAUCACCUUAUGCCAGACCCUUCAACUUCAUGCUGCCAGAGGGGCAUGAUGGGAAAUGGAGGCUGAGAGACAUUCAAAAUGGGUCAGCUGUGCUGGAGCAGGUGGUGGAGAUGGCCCGGGGUGUGUAUACGGUCCCUGUGCAUGUGACUGACCUCCAGAAUAAGGGCGGGGUCCAGGUGUUGUCUUUAAGGGUGUGUCAGUGCCUGGGGGGAGAGUGUGUGGCCAAGAGGAGUUCUGUCUCUGUGGGGAUCUGGGGCGUCCUAGCCAUGCUGCUGGCAUUCCUGCUGCUCCUACUGCUCUGUCUAUUAUUUGUGUUUUACUGCACCACUAAGGGAGAGAAGAUCUACAUGGAAGACUGUAGUGGUGGCAUGCUGCUGAAGUCUAACACAGAGGCUCCUGGAGAUGAAGUGAAAUCUGCGGCCCUGCUGAUUGUACCUUCCACCGGUGUUGCCGUGGACACAGUGGAUGGCUCAGUGAAGGGGGCAGGGCUGGUGGGGCUUCUGGAUCAGAAUGGGGCGGGGUGUCCGGCUCCAGGUCCUCCUCUGAUUGGUCAGAAGACGAUCAAUCCGAAUCGGGAGAGCAGUAGGCGGGACUUCCUGACAGCUCAGGGACAGAGUAGCUUUUACUCCACUGGACAGUACGGGGGCGGUAACUUCUACACAGACACUACCUUCCUCAAACAGUCCCAGGCUUCCUCCACUCUCUCCGCCUUGCACACCUGGAAGACCAACGGACUCUACCUGGGCAAGAAGCUGGUCUAUUUUGCAGAUGAGUCAGAGGAGCGUUAUGCGGACGACGUGGCCCGAGCGUACGGGUACGAGGGUGAAGGGUCACCGGCCGGGUCGGUGGGUUGCUGCAGUGACUUUGGUGACCAGGAUAACCUGGACUUCCUGGACUCACUGGGGUCAAAGUUCAAAACACUGGCCAACAUCUGCAUGGACAAGGAGGAGGAGAUCUGAGAUGAGAACAUUAUUAAAGAACACAAGUAACGGGAACACAAAGCAACUAAUAAGAUCAUAACCUUUGAGAGAAAGACAAUCACUAAAGUCAAUGGAAGGUGAAUGCCAAGAGCGUGUCGUCAGUAUGUGAGACUGUCAGUGAGUGAGACUGAUGAUAGAUCUGUUGUUUUGGAUGGGAGACAAAGAUAUGGCAGGUAGAAGAUUGAAGAAGCGAGACAUCACCCAGACUAUUCUCACUCUGAGGUACACAUGCUACUGACUGUUAGUGCUCUGAUCUGGUUUCUGUUAUGCUCUGCUUUGACACCAGGGGGCGUAUGUCCCUGUUUUUACUGUAAUACAACACUGGCCAGGAUCAGUGUGUUUGUGUGUGAUAGAGAUCAUAUUUCUGGAGUUGUCAUUGCUGAAUGUGUAACAUAAUCUCUGAGUCAAUUGGUUUCUGUAGGAGACGAGAUAAUGCUUCAUAAUUGCUGCCGUUUGUCAAGGGCUCACACUAUCUUGUCUUUUUCUAAUGAGAAAAUAAAUAGCAAAUUUAAGCAGAAAGAGAAGAGCUUUGUUUUGUACAUUUGUGCUUGAAGAUGUUAAUGCAGAGUAUUUUUCUAUUGUACUGUAUACAUUAAAACGGUCUGCUUCUUA